UAAUCUCUCCUUUCUUCUUCUUUUCCAUCCAAAUCCCUCACUACUUCAAUCCCAUCUUAUUUUAGUUUUUAUUUUUUUUAUUUUAUUUAACUUUUACACCAUGCUUAUCCACGAUCUCAACACCAACCACAAAUCCAUCCAAAUUCGUGAAGUUUGGGCUUCCAAUCUCGAAUCCGAAUUUCGUUUGAUCCGCGAUCUCAUCGACCAAUUCCCUUGCGUUUCAAUGGACACGGAGUUCCCCGGAGUCAUUUUCCCCCAACAAGACAUACCCAAAUCUCCAAAUCACCCCUCCCAUCACUACCAAUUCCUCAAAUCCAACGUCGACCUCCUCCAUCUCAUCCAGAUCGGAAUCACUCUCUCCGAUUCUGACGGAAACUUGCCAGAUCUCGGCACCGGCGACACCCGAUUUAUCUGGGAGUUCAACUUUAAGGACUUUGACGUGGCGCGUGACCUCCACGCUCCGAACUCCAUCGAGCUUCUACGCCGUCAGGGCAUCGACUUCGACCGGAAUCGAGAAGAAGGGAUCGAUUCCUCCCGCUUCGCCGAGUUGAUGAUGUCAUCGGGACUCGUCUGUAACGACUCGGUCAGUUGGGUGACGUUUCACAGUGCCUAUGAUUUUGGGUAUUUGGUUAAGAUUUUAACCCACCAAAAACUUCCAAAAGAUUUAGAACAGUUCCUCGGCGUUGUUAGGCUCUUCUUCGGCGAUAACGUGUACGACAUGAAGUACUUGAUGCGCUUCUGCCAGAGUCUAUACGGCGGUUUGGACCGGAUUGCGAAAACUAUGAAUGUGAACCGGGCGGUUGGAAAGUGCCAUCAAGCCGGCUCAGAUAGCUUGCUAACGUGGCAUGCCUUUCAAAAGAUGAGAGAUACCUUUUUUGUACAGACUGAAAUGCACAAACAUGCUGGGGUUUUGUACGGAUUAGAGGUCUUCUAAUCUAAAUUGUACCUUAAAUAAAUUUAAUUUAAAUACUAUAUACCCAUUUAUUAUUAAUUACUAA